AUGGAGGCCCUGCAGCGGAACCUUUGUACUUACUGCAGCAACAUUGAUUUUAAGAAUCUCCCAGCUGAGGAAGAGCCGGCGGUCCCUCACCAACCCAGUCUUGAGGCGCUAAAAGCGUCAGCAGAAAGUUGUCAGCUUUGCCAUUUGCUUUGCAAAGUCGUGAACAUUAUACGAAGCGAUAUCAGAGGGGAGCAGAAUGGUCGCCUCCCGAAAACUGCCGGAGUCUUUUCCUAUGUCCAGGGUGUCAUGGUCUACUCCGGCAGGAAUGCUAUGGGCACUUUUCACACGUCAAUAGAACCCUCGGAGAAUCAGAAGACGUCAUUAAACAGACGAACCACAUUGGCCCCUGACGCCCAAGUGCGACCUUGGCUUUUUGGUAACUGGUGGGCAUGCUCGGCGGCUUGGAUAGGGGGAAGGUAUGAUCCUGUUGAUGAGUCUCAUUGGCGUCUCAUCGGCCUAGGGGUUCGCUUGGGUCGAACACAAGCGGAAGCGGAGGGGAAUUCCAGAGAGAAUAUUCCCAUACAUCGCGGCACGUACCUUCGAAUCAGAACUGAUGAUAAAUCUAAGAUCACGUCCAUCGCCCCUGGCCGUUUAUGUAUGGCCGACUAUUCGUCCAACAUUGCCCUGGAGCGCAUACGACAAUGGAUUAUGGCCGACGACUUGCAUAACAAGCAGCCGCCACGACUCUUCGCACUUCCGUCGCGGGUCAUUGAUGUGGACCCCGAGGCGUCUCCCACUGACGUCCGACUGUUCGAGGCCAAAGGGAAACAAGCCCGCUAUAUUGCAUUAAGUCACCGAUGGGGAGGAACUAAGACACUCACUACGACCUCUACGACUCUCGAACGUCGGCUCUCUGGUAUUCGCUGGGACGAAUUGCCCAAAACAUUCCAGGAUGCUGUUCAGAUCGCAAGACUGCUCCAUGUCCGGUAUUUGUGGAUUGAUUCGUUAUGUAUCAUUCAGGACGAUACAGAGGAUUGGAAUCGAGAAUCGUCCAAAAUAGCUGAUGUUUACGGCCAGGCAUACCUGACCAUUGCAGCUGCAUUUUCUACCGGCUCGUCAAGUGGAUGUCUUCUCGGGUACAGCGAAAUCUGCAAAUAUAAUGCGCCCUCUCCGGACGAAAGAUCGUUAGGGAUUCGGAGUAGCAAUGGCCGUCGCCCUCGGCUGGCCCAGGACAUCCAAACACUGCAGCGAAGAAGCCGGGAAGUCGCGAGUCUAUUUGUGCAAAUGGAUACUAUCUUUAAGCGUGAUGUUUCACGCAUCUAUAUAACUCUGGAAUGGAUGCCGUCUUCCUUCAAGACCAAACCAUCUACCUAUUCUAUUCCGGAAUUUGGCUGUCCAGUUGACCCCUUGGACAGAAGUGAGUUGAAUCAGAGAGGUUGGGUAUUACAAGAACGACUCCUCUCCCCUCGCACUUUGCACUUUGACAAAGAUCAGAUGUAUUUGGAGUCCGAGACGUCGAUUAUUGCCGAGGAUGGCUCAGAAAUUAAGACUCAGCUAUUCAGCCUUUCGUUGCUGUUACUGCGUGAACUCCAGUCAUGGUCCGACCACGGGAUCCCAAAGCACGAAGGUUGCUCUCUCAUCGAAGGCCAUGCAAUUGCAGGCCAUCGCCCACAUGGACGCUGGGAUGGUGGGUGGAUCCAGCACAUAGAGGACUACUCCAGACGCCAACUUUCCGUACCCGAUGACAAGCUUGUUGCGCUGUCUGGUGUGGCCAAAUACAUAGCAAUGAAUACGAAUGGUACUUACUAUGCAGGGCUCUGGGAGAGCCACCUGCAUGAGGAUCUAGCAUGGAGAACCUAUCCUCAGGACGAGGUUAGGGUUUUCGCCCCCGAUGGGUUUGAGCAUCAACUAUCAGACGUGUAUUAUCCGACUCAAAUUCCUGCCCGGUAUCGAGCUCCUUCUUGGUCGUGGGCAUCGAUAGAUGCUCGGAUCAAGUUUGUUCCUCUUGACUAUGGAAAUAUCGUCGCAGAGAUUCUUCAUUGUCACGUCGAUGAAAGUACUCCAUUCGGGACAGUCACAGGGGGCUGGAUAAAGAUAUGGGCACCGCUUUUCAAAAUCUCACAGUGUCCCCCGGACGCCAAAAUUGACAAGAAGGACCCGAUUGGAUUUGGCACACUGGUCCAGUUCCAGCUUGAUGCUGGAAUUACGCUAGAGGGGAACCAUUAUGAUGGAAUCUCGUACGGAGAGGGUUUCUUCGAUGUCGCUCCAUCUUUCCCAUGUUAUGCUCUGUUCCUGGAUUCAUCAAAUGCACUCCUUCUGCAGUCGUCCCAGCAGAAGUACAAGCGCGUUGGCUUUGGCAGAUUUCUGCGCACGAACAAGCAGAGAGUUUUGAAGCCUCUCCUUUAUCAGCAGGAACCGGGAAUUGAUGAUGACGGUCAAGGAGCCCUUCCAAGGCGCGAAAACAUCCCUUAUGGCCCAAUCGGGCGCAGCCAGCCUUGCUGCGAGUCUGUGUAUAACACAACAGUACCGAGAGUCGCUCAUACAAGUUGGGAGUCCCCGCGAAUCAUCGUAGCCCCUUCGUACCAUUCAACAAUCCACCAUCUUCUCCCCGGGCGCGAUGAGCAGGAUCUUGUCAUCUCCCGGGGAAAAUUCAAGUUCGCCCGGUGGGAGCCAUUCAUCUUGGGUGGACGUCGGGAGCUUCCACCGGAUAUCCAAAUCCGGGAACAGAUAUAUGCUCGCAUGUUUUCGCCCGUCAAUUACAAGGCGCACGGUGAUAAAGUUCCUUGGGGAUGAGAGAAAUCACCAUGGAUCCAAGACAGCGGGAGGCUCUUUGGUUACACCUCGUCGGAGGAGGGCUUCUUGCUCGAACUGCUGGACGGUCGAGGACAGAUGCACUUUCCAAUCAAUCGAUGUCGCCCCCUCGACCGGAACCGAUGGGACGCA